AUGGUAUUUAUACUGAAGACAACAAAAUCCUCUUUAAAUGGAAUGAUCACAACGUACGACACCGAGACCUCUUUGGCCGUAUUCAAUCACAUAAAGAAAUGUAUCGGUUCACAUGUUUCCAAGCACCCUGCGGUAAAGGAUCCCGGUUCAUCGGAACCUCUUUUUGAGAAAAAUUCGGAAUUCAAGAAACACAAAACUCGAAAAACAUUGAUUUAUUCUACAAGGGUCUUGAAUUUUGUGCAUGAUGUUACGGCGGUCGCUUUGGGAAUAAGAGUGGCGCAUCUUGUCGAUUUCGCAUUUUUAACAUUAGAAGAAACCAGAGAGCUCAUAGCCUCCCUUCGAAGAGACGCACUUCUAUCCACCUUAUUUGCUCUGCAAUUUUCCGAGACCCACACGUUUAUUUGUAAUCGAUACUUGUUUUUCAGCAAAUUGGAUACAGACCUGAGUGAAGACCUUAAAAGUAAUAUAUUUGUAGAUGUUUCCUGUGGCGACAAUGGAAUAUGUGGAGAGCCGAAGAUGACUGACGCACCGCCCUUGCUGUUGAAAGAAUUACUAAAAACACAUAUUCACCAUCUUUUUCUUCAAUUCCAUAAAUCUUCGAGAGAGAGCAAUCCAGAAGCAGUUCUUUAUUUUUCAGAGACACCAUCUUGCAUAAUAGCAUUCGCGGGGUGGAUACUCGAAUAUACUGUGAUUUACGUACUCGAUACACUAUCUGGUGAACGAGAUACCAAAUUUCAUGACACUGUUAACAUUUCCAGUAGUAAAUCACAGCCUACUAAAAAUUGCCUUGGAAAUAAAGAUUUGAGAUUAUAUCGAGUGUUUGCGAAGAGAUUGUUUGGUGGAAAAGUUCAUAGACAUCUACUGUUAAGUUUCAGUUUCCCAUGUAACCUAACGAAAAUAACGCAGGAGGGACAAAAUCAUCAAAAUGUCAUUUAUGACAACUGUUCCAUCGAUGCGUUAAAAUCAAAAUUCAAUUCACGGUUAAGAAAACAAUCAUUUUGGGAUCUUGGAAUCGAUGUAGAGACCAGCGAUUUAGUCAUGUACUUGGAAAACCAGAAACUCCCUCAAGCAUAUUCAUUGACGACAUUAUUAUCCGUUGGUGUCGGUUGUCUUCUAGUGGGUUAUUUCCUCGGAACUAGAAAACAUAAGAAAUCUGCGGCAUUGAAAAUAUAUAGCGAAAACUUGGAAGAAACAAAAUUAGUUCUAGUGGUGAGAACUGAUCUCGGAAUGAGCAAAGGAAAAGUUGCCGCGCAGUUCAUUCAUAAUCCAUUAGAUUUUUCUAUCCCUCUGUUCAGUAAUCUUGUCGAUAAAAGCGUAAUAAAACACUCACAGCUCUUCUUCACUGUCAGCCUUUAG